CGUCGUCGCAAGCUUACCCCCCAAGUGGCUGAUCUGGCGUCACGGCUGCUAAGAGUGCCGCCAUCACUCGCAGACCUAUCGGACUCAUGAUCCUCCGACGGACAGCGACUCGCUUGUCUGCCCGCAGCGCAGCCCUCAGAUCUGCACGCCGCUGCGCCGCCUCGUCGACAUCUGCCGUCGGGCCCGUGAACGUGCUGCUUGGGCGUGAGCUGAGCAACCACUUCCACCUGGCGACGGAGCUGUUCUUGAUAGAGGAGCGGCAGCCGCGGCAGCCGACACUCUUUCUGUGGCGCAACGACAAGACGAUAGUCAUCGGGCGGCACCAGAAUGUGUGGCGGGAGUGCGAUGUGCAGAAAAUGGACAGGGACGGGGUGCAGCUGUCCAGGCGCGACAGCGGGGGAGGGGCCGUCUAUCAGGUGAAUGUGACAGGACAGCAUCAAUCGACAGACACAUCCACUCACUCACUCAUGGGACGGUGAAUGCAUGCGUCAAUGUGUUGUGCCUGCAGGAUCUUGGCAACACGUGUUUCACCUUCCUCAGUCCGGGCGGCACUUUCGACAAGGCACGCAACAACGCCAUCAUACUGAACGCUCUCAAAAACAGAUUCGGUGAGCCACGACAGACAGACACGCAGAAGAACAGCUGUCGACUGACGAGGGAGGGUGUGUGUUUGUGUUUGUGUUGGUAAGGCACCCAGGGCGAGGCGUCAGGCCGCAAUGAUCUGGUGGUCGAUGGCAAGAAGGUGCGUUGCUGGAGGGGGUGGACGGAGGGGAUGGCUGUGUGAGUGACUGCGUGUGUGUGUGUGUGUGUUGGUGUGUUGUGGUUAGAGCAGUUUUCGGGUGCCGCGUUCAAGCAGCUGGGGCCUGUAGACCUCCACCACGGUACGAAAAGCCGAGCGAGUGAAGGAGGGAGGGAGGGAGAACAGAUGGACGAGAUUAUUCCUUGUGGUGUGUAAUGCAGGCACUUUGCUGCUCCACGUGGAUCUCGAUGGCCUCGGGCGCUACCUCACACCACACAAGCUCAAGCUGCAGGUAGGUACCAUAGCAUAGCACGCAGCGCUUAUACGCACACACACCAAUGGACGGCCUAUCCUACACGCUGCGGUUGGUUGGUAUGUGCAGAGCAAGGGUGUGGCCAGUGUGGCGGCCCGGGUGUGCAAUCUGCGGGACCUCAACCCUGAAAUCAACCACCAAACCGUACACACACACAGACACACACAGAGCCAGAGAUACUCUCUGUUUACGGAUGUGUGUGGCGUAUGUGUAUCCCCACGUGCUGAUCAGGUGUGCGACGCCUUGAUAGCGGAGUUCGCCAGGUCCUACGGCGCCGACCCCGACAGCAUCCAGGCCGAGGAGGUGACCAGUACCUCGCCGCUCACACAGUCCCAAGUUUUCCAGAAACACCUCAGUCGACUGCAGGUACACACACACACACAGGAAGAGGCGUCUGGGUGCACUAAAACCUGCUCUGUGUGUGUCGGUGUAGGAUUGGGAGUGGCGGUUUGGGAGCUCACCUCAGUUCUCGCACGAGCUCGAGACGCGAUUCGACUGGGGCACUUUCGUAAGCCUUGUCACUUACUCACCGCCGGCCGACGGACUUGAGACAGACAGUGCAGAAGUGUCGCUCGCUGUGUGUGUUUGUGUGUGUCGAUUCGAUCAGACGGUUCAUUUGGAUGUCAAGGGCGGCGUGGUUUCGCAGUGCCGCAUUUUUUCGGACUGCCUCGACGCACCCCUAAUCGACCUGCUCACCACGUCCUUACAGGGUGGGUAGCACACACACUCGCGGUAUAUGGGUCAUAUGUGUGUGUGUGUUGUGUAGGUGUCAAGUACGAUCCGUCGGAGCUCUACAAGGCCGCGCUCAAAGUGGCAGGUGGGUGAGGGAAGAAAGGCACCAUGAAUGGCCGCCAGCCAACUCAUCUGACAUUUUCUGCGGCUGGGGCGUGUGUGUGUGUGGUCAGAUACGGAUGUGCGUGAGUCUUGGAUGAAGGAGUUCGGCAGCUGGAUCAGGGAACAAGUCGCCACCUAGCUUGAUGAAGGCACCUUAAGAUUUAGUCUGUCCGUCGGUCGGUGUGCUUCUGUCGCUUUUUCUGAGCGGCGUUGCGUUGCCUUGACAUGAAUGACACACACUGUGUCUCUGUCUCAUGAAUAAUCCGUCAUCACUCGGUCAUCCUAGAGAGCCAGCUACGCAGUAAGUCAGCAGCGCAUAAGCGCACCCCCGACUAACUGCGGAG